CAACAGCUAACCACAUUACACAACGCCAUUUCGACAAGUUAACAAGUACACUAGCUUGUUUGUUCAUUCUUUUUUUAGACGUUCUUUUUAUUUAUACUACUGUUAUUUUUUCUACUUUUCAGAAUUCUCGAUUUACGAUAUCAACGGUCUUUAAUAGUACUAUUCAACUUAUAUGCCUGAGAAGCUGUAGAGUAAGAUGGAUUUGGAUCGAAAUCGUGUCCCAAUGAGUGCAUUGCCAGACUAUGCCGAUCCUGAUUAUUUUGACCAUGGUGCAGUUAAUAAGCAAACCGACUAUCAUCGCUCUUUGCCUAAACAUUCUUCCAGUCACAUCGGUAGUGCGAAAACCCCAAACGAUUAUAUUUUCGGAGACAUCAUUGGUGAUGGGUCGUACUCAAAGGUGAAAAGGGCUACUGACAAGCGUAGCUGGAAGGAAUAUGCAAUAAAGGUGCUGGACAAGCGUUACAUAGUCAAAGAAAAUAAGGUCAAAUAUGUUAAUAUUGAACGUGAUUCCAUGAUGCGACUUAACGGGUAUCCUGGAAUAGCCCGCUUAUUUCACACAUUUCAGGAUGAUUUGAAGCUUUAUUAUGUUCUUGAGUACGCUCCCAAUGGUGAGCUAUUGCACUACAUAAAAAAGUAUCGCUUUUUGAAUGAAGCUUCGGUUCAAUUUUAUGCUGCCGAGAUCCUUUCAAGUAUAGAGUUUAUGCAUUCCUGCGGUAUUAUACAUCGCGACUUGAAACCAGAAAAUAUUUUAUUUGAUCAUAAUAUGCAUAUUAAAAUCACAGAUUUUGGUACAGCUAAAAUACUUCCGCCAAAGUACGCUAAUAGUCCGGAUUCCACAAUGUUUUCGAGUUCAUUCGUUGGUACCGCGGAAUACGUUGCACCAGAGCUACUUUCGAAACAAGUAGUUUCUAAAAGUUCGGAUGUUUGGGCAUUUGCUUGUGUUGUUUUCCAGAUGAUUACUGGGUCUCCUCCUUUUCAUGGUAGAGAUCCUGGUGUUAUUUUUAGAAAAAUAAUGAGUUUGGAUUAUGAUUUACCUAAACUUAUGCCAAUUGAGAUGGUUCCGUUAUUUACGUCUAUCUUUCGUUUGCAAACAACUGAAAGACCAUCUAUCCGGGAGUUGAAACAAUUUUCCUUUUUCCAUGAUAUUUCAUGGAAUGAUUUAUUUUUCCAGACCCCUCCUCCACUACAGUCUUUUCGGCCUAAUUACCAUCACAUUCCUGUGAAUUCGCUUCCACCAACCUAUCGCUCAAAUAUGACAGCAGCGGCAGCUGCUGGUGCUGCAGCUGCCCAUGCUUCUGCAUCCAUAGUGAGGCAUCAGCCGAAGUUUGUCUCUGAUCAAAAAAUGGGCAAUUUAACAAACAGAAAAUCUGCUUCCCCACCUGCCCAUUAUGGGCAGGCUACUUUGCGUAAUCAGCCGUCAAUGGAUAUGUUUUAUAACAGGUUGUUUCCGUCAAACGAGUCAGUUGUUCUAUCUUCAGCUGUCUUACUGAGUUUGACUGCUCCUCUACCAGAGGGAAGUAAAUUUCCCUCUGGAAUUACAAAGAUGUUUUUGAAAAAAAAGUCUCGAGUAAUGCUAUUAACAAACAUGGGUCGUUGCGCUUUUAUAACUAAAGGGAAAAAUGAUAGAUUUUUUAUUGAUGCAGAAGUCAGUUUAUAUAAUCCUUCGGUUGAAGUACGAUUUGAUGAUAAUAAAUCCAAAAGAUUCUUGCUUAAUUUGGAAACGGAAGCUUGGAUUGUUGAAGAUACUUCUGAAAAUAUAUCACGCUUGAGGGACGUUAUUAGUAAAUUUAACCGUAGCGGUCGUUCUUCUUUGGAUCGGUCUUCUCCUGAAGACUAACCUUAUGAUUACUCUAUGGUGAUUUUUUUAUUUAUUUUCUGGUUAAUUUUUGCCCAUUUUUGUUAAUAAUAUUUUUUGUUUGUUUUUCUAAACUUCUUGUAUAAAACCAAACAGAAUUCAUUAGACUUCCCUAAUUCUAGAGCAAUAAAACGCUUAUUAAAUAGACUCUUGCUAUACCGGUGGUAUCAAGGAAAUUAUU